AGCCGGCCAGCCCGCCCGGCGCCCGCGAUGGGGAACGAGGCGAGCUACCCGACAGAGAUGGGCUGCCACUUCGACCACGACGAGAUCAAGCGGCUGGGCAAGCGGUUCAAGAAGCUGGACGUGAACUCCUCGGGCGCCCUGAGCGCCAACGAGCUGCUGUCGCUGCCAGAGCUGUGGCACAACCCGCUGGCGAAGCGGGUGUUCGAGGUGUUCGACGCAGACGGCGACGGCCAGGUGGACUUCGAGGAGUUCGUGGCGGGCACCUCCCAGUUCAGCAUCCGCAGCGACGAGGAGCAGAAGCUGCGCUUCGCCUUCAACAUCUACGACAUGGACAAGGACGGCUACAUCUCCAACGGGGAGCUGUUCCAGGUGCUGAAGAUGAUGGUGGGCAACAACCUCAAGGACUGGGAGCUGCAGCAGGUGGUGGACAAGAGCAUCAUCAUCCUGGACACGGACGGCGAUGGCAGGCUCUCGUACGAGGAGUUCCGCGCCGCCGUGAGCAGCCUGGAGGUCCACAAGCAGCUGGUGGUGCAGGUGUGAGCUUUCGGGGGGAAGAGCGCCGCCCAGCGGUGACCUUGAGGUCUCUAUCUCUUUCAAGGUCAGCUCAAGACUGCCCAGCCGCCACCACGGUCUUUCUGAUUCCCUUGGAAGUGUCUCAAUUUGUAAAGCCACAUUUUUUUUUACACCAACCUCAUAACCAACUCAGUGUCAUUAACUCUUCUCAUUUUGAUUUGGGGGGAACACCUGAAGGAGCCUGGUGGGGAAGGAGGAGGAAAUGGCUCUUAUAUACAUAUAUAUGUCUUUGUCUUUGUUUUGAUUUGAAGACCAAAUUAUAAAGAGUGGAGAUGAACUUUAAAAGUU